UAUUAAUGCGAUGGGCAACUUCACAUAUUUCGGUUCAGGGUAUCACUGUUAAAGAAAGCGAACCAGAACGUCAGGAGACGCGGACAAAAGUAGACGAAAAUCGACGUUAUGUGAUUGAGGCAACAAUCGUGAGAGUCAUGAAAGCUCGUAAAACUUCAAGUCAUGGACAACUUGUUGUUGAAGUUAUCGAACAAUUAAAAUCGCGCUUUGUACCUACCCCCGUGAUGAUUAAACAACGUAUUGAAUCGCUUAUUGAACGAGAAUUUCUUGCUCGAUUAGAAGAUGAUCGUCGAGUUUAUAAGUACUUGGCCUAAUCUCAUCGUGUCAACCAAGUCUAAAUACAACUUGUAUCUUUCAAAUUCUAUCGUACCAUUCCUUGGGUCUACUCUCUACAGUAUGUCUUCCAAACUCC